GGAAAUUCCAGUUUAAAAACUAGGUCUAAAAAUUUGUAAUGGUACUAAUGGAAAGAACUGUAAAAAGUGCUAUAAAAAGUAGUCAAGUUUCUUGUAAGGUAAAUCUAGUUGCUGAAGGCCUGUGCAGAUAAAAUGAACUGUGCUAAGCAUACAGAAUAUUUAUAUGUUCAGAGAGCAUACUGCAGAUUCUGUUGGGAAGGUCAUGACUGGUUUUAUUGCAUCCAUUCAGCUUGCAGACAGGCGUACCUUUCAUCAUGCCAGGUAAUGUCUGUAAGAUCAGUAAAGACUCAAGAUCAUGAAUCACCGAUAAAAUAGAGUUUUUGUAUUUGCAGAGUAACAAAGAUCUUUAUUGGGAGCUUUAAUGGAGGCAGAGAUUCACUGAAUUGUACACAUACAUAAUGUCUCUACGUCAAUACAUUUUCUUCUGCUUUCUUUACCUUAAUUAAGUCCCAGUCUUAAUUAAAACAGUGAUUAAAAUAUCUGUAUCUGCAUACUCAAGCAUAAGAUAUACCACACUCCUAAAGAGCAGAAACACAUGCCGGUCGUAUUUUUGUAAACCUUUUGUUUUCCUUUCGAGCCAGACAAGGCUGUGUUUCAUCUUAACGAUGCACACAGACUGUACCUCAGAAGUGGUAUUUCCUGGGUCCAAGGGGAGUGUGAGUGGGUGUUUCUGAAAGCUGUGCAUAUGGAGUAUGUACUUGUUUUCCUUGUAAGGAGUGCAGGAGUGCUUUCUCAUUCUUGGAUACAUUGCUACAAAUAUGUAAAAACGGGACUGGAACUUUCAAUAUUGGGCAGUGUAUUUGCUCCACACAUCUGUUUGACUGUUUUUUAAAAUGACCACUUUAAUUUAAUGUUUCAUGUCCAUUUGCUAAUGUUUUUCUUCAAGCUACUGCAUUCAGUUAUUUGAGACACAGCCUUGAUGCAGAAAUGAGAUCAGUUUGGUACCAAUGACGUCAGUGGGAACUAUGUCCAUAAUUUCCAAGGAAAGGGAUCUAGGAACUAUGGUUGAAGCAGUAUUGAAUACCAAAUAAUGUUCCUCAGCAAGGCAACGUAAUUCUUCUCUUUCUGCUCGUUCUUUUUUGUUUCUUUUGCUGUUGGCCCUGGCUUUUAUCCUCUCAUUUUCAUAAUCAUGUGAAGCCAAAGUAAUCUCAGGUAUAAGGCUGCCAAACCAGCUUUGGAUUUCUGUGACUGUUGUGACUCUUACGCUUUGAGUGCAACAGUGAGGGCCAGAUUAGCUCAUUCUUACCAGCUGAGAUGCUGGGCGGCUCAUUAGUUUGGCUGAUCCGUCUCCUAUUUAGCCUCAGAUGUUCCCGUGUGAAGACAUGUCUGCUUGCAUCAUGGCAGGUAUCCAUUCACUCAUUUAUCACUUUAUUUUCUUUUCAUAUCCAUUCUGCCACAGGUCACACUCCUUGCUUCCAAUACAAAUGUGAAGUGAAAAAAAUCACAUAACCACUCUGUAAGAAAAUGUGUGAUCAAAUCCUGAGAGAGUAGGAGAGAAGUGACCUAGAAGAAGUAGUUAAAAAGCAGUCCUCUACUCAAAGAAGUAAAGAAUAAGAUCAGGGUGCACAGCUGGCAAAACUGUUGAGAGAAAGGGGGAGCCAGAUAUAAAAAUUACCCUCCACGGUGUAAGUCUGCAAUUGAGAAAUGCAAGUGAUUUUGAAGUGGCCGAACAAAAGAGAUAGAGAAGUCAAAAUAAUUAAGUGGUAAAUUCAUACGGCCAACCUAGAAAAACAUAGUCAGGAGCAAUGGAAACAAAUGAUAAGCAGAAACAAGCAAAGUACACUAAACAUUCCUAUCUGGAAGCCAGGACAAAUAGCCAGGAUAAUGACUUGACUCAUUUUCAAACAUUUUUAAAAAGGAGAAGGACAACAGGAAUAGUGAGGGAAACAAGAAAAUCAGAGAAGCAGUGAAAGGCUUCAAUGGAGCAGUUUCACUUUCUGCCUAAUAAUCUAAAAGUAAUACUGCUCGAUAUACAGAUCAGGCAAACUAAAGCAAUCUUUCAAUGAGAGCAAGCAUCAUCUAUUUUAAUAUAUAUGUAUUUGCAUUGUAUAUGUGGUAUACAAUGGCUUUAAGUAAUAAUGUAUCUGUGGGAUGUUUUUGAUUUUUGUUCUUUAGUAGCUCAGGAACCAGUUCCUUUCUAAUCAAUUUUAGUAGUUUCUUCCAGAAUGGUUUUUAGUGCUAUUGUGAAUUUACCAGAAUCUGCAUGAAAGUAAAACUGCAGUCAUUGUCUUCUAGGCAGUGAUUUGUAGGAGCAAAAGGAGAGCAUUUUCUGUUACGUUUACUGAUAUCAGAGCUAGCCAGGUGAUUGCAGUGCAGGAUCUUGUCAGAGAGGUAGCAGCUCCAUGCACUGCUGCUUCAUCUGAGAGAGAACAAUGUCCAAGGAGCCUCAGACCAACAGAGAAUAGAUAUUUUUCACCUCAACAAGAAGAUGUGUUUUGGAGCAGGGCAAUCUGGUUCACAACCUUGCUGUCUCCAGUAUGUUUUUUGUGUGCGUGAUAGUAGCAGCACAUAGGAAUCUGGAUCACUCACCUAUCUUCAUCCGUAGAUGAACAGUGAAAUCUCUGAGUGCUAGAAAGCAGCAAAAGAAUCCUGAGGAUCAUUCAUCUUCUAGCUCAUCUACUGUACAAGGCAGUAAGUAUGCCUCAGUCCCUGUUACAGCCAGCAGAGCCUACUCAGCCAUGCAGCUUACCAUGCACAUUGGUGGUGGGAAGAACUGAACAGCUGUUGGCUAACCCUAGGCUCUGGAAUUGGUGGACAGAGAUCUCUAUAGACUGCACUGGGAGCAGAGGCACUUGCUGAUGUGUGGACAGCUAACAUCCUGUUCUUUGGAUGCUGCAGCGUGGGCAGGGCUGGUGCAUCAAGACUGACUUCUCUGCUGUAGGCAAGCUUACUGACUGAAGCUUGUGUUUCAUAAUGACUAUAUACACAGCAUCCCUCUGCCACUCAUUCAGGUGUUGUAAUUUCUGCUAACAUAUAAACAAGGGCAUUAGAAGAUAAGAAAAAUAUCAUUAGGCCAUUUGUUCUUAUAAGGACUAAUUAUAAUAUCCACAACAGUUAUUUAGCAUCCAGUUCACUUCACCUAUGCUCACUUCUGUAUUUCCUCAAUGUGUUCCUAUAAACACAGUUUACAGAGGUGUGAGGUCUGACGUAGGGCAUUUGAAAUUUGUCUGAGAGGGGAGAGUUAAUUUUUGUAUUUGUGACUGUAUUUUCUGCAACAUCUAAUAGGACUAAAGGAUAUUCUUAACUUGAAAAAACAAAUAUGUCAGGUCAAAUUUCUGUUUUCAUAUUAAACCCUUACUAAAAAGAAAAAAAAUAAGAAAAUGUUCUUGUGGAAGCAAAAGUCCUGGAAUUUUCCACUUCUGGUUUAACACAGACUGAAGAGAAGACUCUGUGCUUGUGGUUUAAAUGGGAUGAGGUUAAUAUGGCUUCCUGAAGGUAAUCUCUUUCCACAGUGAUAGGAUGUACUGCUUCUCUUUUUAAUUAGAGAGGUGAGUGGGUUGGAUCCCUAAAAUUUAGAUUUGGGUUUGGGUGUGGAUUUAUAGACCUGCUCUCCCAGCAAAAGCUGAGAGCGAUUGUGUCUAGGCCCAUCUUUUGAAUUAAUUUUCAGUAAUUAAAGUGCAAUGUGUGGGAGGGGGCUAAAAUGAAAUACAAUUAAAAUGUAAUGCUCCUUCUUUGGUAUCCCCAUCCUUAUUCAUUUUAAGCCAUCUCCAAUGCUCUGAUGGGUUUAAGGCUUCCUGUAUCACACUCUGUGCAAGCAGAAAGGUUUGAGUGAACUCUUGCCAAUGGCUCUGAGCAAGCAUGGGGCAUGUUUCAGAUUACACUGUGUGUUGUUCUGAUUUGAUCUCCUUGCUAGGAGAGGCUGAGAAAGGCCGCUCUAGGGGAUUUACUUCCAGCAGCAGCAGCACAUGAUCCUUCAAUCGCGUGAUUCUCACCGCUGAGGUCUAAUGGGGAGGGUGAAGAAAAAGCUCACGCUGCCUUUUGGAAGCAACAGCGGCGGCUUCUGCUCGCAGGCCCUCUCCGCCAGCUGGAUGCUUCAUGGCCUCCCCCAGGUUAGAAACCUACUGCUGCCCCAACAGGGAUGCAGCCACACAGCUUGUGAUGAACUUCCAGCCCCAGGUCUUCUGUGGGGUCUGCAUUGGCAGCGCCUCAGCCAGCCUGCUGCUUACCAUCCUGCAGCUCCUGCCGAAGAAGGGGCAGAGCCUGCGGAAGAUGCCCAAGGCCUCCUCCUCCUCCACCAUUCUUCUCCUUAUCUCCGUGUGUGACAUCCUCGGUAGCUCAGGUGUGAUCUUCAGAUCGACUGUCUGGUUGGGCUUCCCGAGCUUUGUUGCCAACAUCUCAGUGGCCAAUGGGACUGACGUGUGGCCCUCUGUCUUCUGCGUGGGCAGCGCGAUGUGGAUCCAGCUGUUAUAUAGUGCUGGCUUCUGGUGGUUAUUUUGCUAUGCUGUCGAUUCUUACUUGGUGGUAAGAAGAUCAGCAGGACUGAGUACAAUUGUGCUGUACCACAUGAUGGCCUGGGGGCUGGCAGUUUUGCUCUGCGCCGAGGGCAUUGGGCUGCUUUAUUACCCGUCCCUUUCCAGCUGUGAAAGAGGCCUGGAGCACGCAAUUCCACAUUACAUCACAACCUACGCCCCGCUCCUGCUGGUGCUGGUGGUCAACCCAGUCCUGUUCAGAAGGACAGUGACUGCAGUUGCCUCUUUACUGAAAGGGAGACAAGGGAUUUACACAGAGAAUGAGAGACGGCUGGGGACAGAGAUCCAGAUGCGCUUUUUCAAAAUUAUGCUGGUAUUCAUUGUUUGCUGGUCAUCUAAUGUCAUCAAUGAGAGCCUUUUGUUCUAUCUUGAAAUGCAGCCAGAUAUCAAUGAAACACCUUUGAAAAACAUUAGAAGUGCUGCACUGAUCACAUGGAUUAUAAUGGGGAUUCUUAAUCCGUUGCAAGGCUUCCUCUUCACAUUAGCUUUCUAUGGCUGGACAGGAUGUAAAGUGGAACUGAAAUGGCAGAAGAGAGAAAUACCCUGGGAAUCAGUGUCCUCAUCAACGGUGGGUGACAAUGACUAUCCCUCACCAGUGAACUAUCAAAGCAAUGUCCACGAUUCAAAGAAGAUAUCGUCCACUGAUAGCCAGCAGACUGAUGAGGCUAUAAGCAUGUUGUCUGAAGGUAACACUAGCGGUGAUGACAGGGUGACCAGGAGCUCUCCCAUCUACCAGGGCUGGUAGCUUGUAGGUAGAGAGCUGAAUCUCACUUCUCCAAUUGUCAAGACUCACAAAACCAGGGCACUGUGUGAAUCAUUGCUCGUCCUGAAAUUUGGUUUGUGCCUGAUGACUUAGUUUAAUUUCCUGUAGCUUUUGUUCGUGUGUGAGACUGUGUAAGAUGCAGAGAAAUGAUGGUUAAUAUCUUCACUUGCUUUAUAAGAGAUGUGUAGCAAGGUACAAAGGCCUGAUCGCUUUUAGGAGGAGUGUGUCUCUGCAGGGAUCUGUUACUUAUGAUUCAUCUGUUUUCUUUCAAUCUCUCCUGUAACCUCCGUAUGGUAGAAGAGUCUUUUGUUUAAAU